GUUUCUGUGUCUCACAUCCUGUCGGCACAUUUCCUCCUCUCUCUCACUCGCUCGCCCUCUUAAACUCCUUGAGCGGCGGGCGUCCUACGAGUGUCGCGGCUGCAGCCCCAGACGCGCGCGUGCAUGAGUCGCGGGUGCGCCCCAGAACGCCGAUAUUAACAGACGUGGACCCCGCCACUACACAAUUAGCACCAUGACUGACCGAUUUGACUGCCACUACUGUCGUGACUCUCUGUACGGGAAGAAGUACAUCAAAAAGGACGAGAAGCACUGCUGCCUGCGCUGCUUUGACAAAUUCUGUGCUAAUACGUGUGCUGAAUGCAGACGACCCAUUGGCUCAGAUGCCAAGGAGCUGCAUUAUAAAAACCGCUACUGGCACGAGGAUUGCUUUCGCUGUUCCAAAUGCUACAAGCCCCUGGCUAAUGAGCAGUUUGCAGCAAAAGAUGACAAGAUUCUGUGCAGCAAGUGCAGUUCCCGAGUAGACUCAAGCCGAUGCCAUGCUUGCUACAAGCCCAUCUUGCCAGGUACCCAGAACGUGGAAUACAAAGGCAAUGCUUGGCAUGAGGAGUGUUUCACUUGCUACCAGUGUAAGAAGCCAAUUGGGUCUGAGAGCUUUUUGACUAAGGGCGAUGAUAUCUACUGUGCUGUUUGCCAUGAGAAGAAGUUUGCAAAGCACUGUGUCCACUGCAAGCAGGCUAUCACUUCUGGAGGCAUAAGCUACCAGGAUCAGCCCUGGCACGGUGAGUGCUUCAUCUGCAACACCUGCAAGAAGCCCUUAGCUGGUCAGCGCUUCACUGCACACGAGGGCAACAUGUACUGUGUGGAUUGUUACAAGACCUCCGUGGCCAAGAAAUGCUCUGGAUGCAACAACCCUAUCACAGGGUUUGGCAGAGGAACCAAUGUAGUGAACUAUGAAGGAAACUCCUGGCAUGAGUACUGCUUCACAUGCAAGAAGUGCUCCCUCUCACUGGCCAACAAGCGCUUUGUUUGCCACAACGACAACAUCUAUUGUCCAGAUUGUGCUAAGAAGCUGUGAAGUUCCUCACUGGCAACUGCAGAUCACAGUCACAGGAUCUCAAUAUACACAUUUAUGUUAUCUAAGCCCAGUAGUGCUGAUUUAGCUGUAGGAAAGGAUACCUUUGCCAGUUUUGCAAUUUAUUUUCAUUUACUGCUGUAAAGCUUCAAGGUGGGGUGGGGGGAAUAAACCAUUUCACAGUUUCCAUCAACAGCAAUAUAAAUAGUAAGGGGAGACAAAGAGGACCCAAACCUCAUAAUGUGGUGUGUGCUCAAUUUAUCAAAAACACCAAAUGCCAUUCUUAAGACUGAUCACAUUUUCUUUUGGUGGCAUCUGCUGCCACACAUCUUCAUGGGCCUGAGGCAAAUCUCCUGCCUGGCCACUGUUGUUGUGUCUGCAAGCAUUCCUUCCUUCGUGCACCUCAAAGAUGUCCCUUGUCAACUCCAAAUUGACCCGGCAACCUAGGGUUGCUUCUUCCCUUGUGUUCAAACAUCUCCAACUCCUUUUGAUACAGAAACUUGUAUGGGGGGUGGUGGUAUAGUGAGGUCAGGGGAUUCUAUAAUUUGAUUUUCUGAAAAGUCCUGCACAAAUAUAACCUCAUUUAUGGAAAACAGCAGGCACGUCUCACUGACGGACACCAUGCAAGUGGAAUGAUUGUGACAGCCAUUGGCAGUGCCACAGCGAGGAUACAGUACUGCAACUGCAGCCCCCAAGAUUUGUGAAGACCACUGCUCAGCCCCUCUCCCUUCAGAUCGCACUAACACUAUGGCCUUUGACUAUGCUGAAUAUUCAUUACCUGCAGAUUUCAUCUUUGUCACACUUUGUAUUUUAACUAGCCUUGUGACAGAUGAAAACAUUAGGGCCAUAUUUGUUUGCAAGCUAACAGACUGGAUAUUUAUUUACUAAGCAUACUGAUGACAGUUGUUUAACUUGAUUAUAGAAGUUAACCUUGCAUUUUUCAAUUAUUAAGAGGCCUUCAUUUACACAUCAAGUGCUUCUUGUUUGCAUGCGUUUUUUUAAGUUUUUAUUUUUUUCUUUCUUCUGUUAGUAGAGCUAGAGGCAGCAUUAAAGACGGACACGUUGAGCUUUACUAUCUACAAGAUGGCGGUGAUGCUUCAGUUUAGCGGCUUUGAAUUAAGCCAAUAACACAUUUACAUGACAUUUAGCAGCAAGUAUCGCGUGUCAUGUUUCUGAGGAUUUUUCCGCAUGCUGACUUUGCAUUAGGCCUGUGUGGUGUGCUCAAAGGUAUGCGGGCAGCCCCUGAAUGACGGGUUUUGGGAUCUGCACUGCCGUCCUGCAUUAUUUAGAUAUGUAAAAAUGCUUUACAAUGUAAGCAUCUGCUAGGGUGCACACUUCAAGGCAGGGUGAGGCUCCCGUCGAGAUUCCUGUAAACGCUUUAAAGAUGAGCACUCGGAGAUACAACUGCUUCAGUGUGAAGCUGACACCCAACUUUGAGUUGAUGAGAAUGUGCACCGUCCGCCGCUCUCCUAUUGACUGCAGUGUUGUUCAGCUUUACUUUGCACUUGGAUUGAUAAAUUCUGCUGUUUAAUCUUGUUGGUUUCUGAAUGUGUGAUUCCCAAUAAAAUCCUUCAAAAGUG